GGCGGGCUUAAAGAAGACUAAGAUUGUCUUGUCUCAGGUGAGGUCAUGCGGCACAACAUGGAGACAGGUAAAGGUGAGACACUGAGGCCUGGGAGGACCAGAUGACUGACUUCUGCCAAGCAAAGCUCCACUGGCAGUGAGGAGGGACUCCUGCCCAAUGCCCCAGUCUAACCCACAGACUUUCAACUCAACAAAAAGACCUGAGCCACUAUUACACAUCCUCUGUUUUUGCGAGACUCUCUUCCGAACAAUGCAUAUAAGGAUACAUUUUGCUCUGCCACUUCUUGGAUAAUAGAAUUUGUUUAUCAGCUGUUUCAUGAAAUGAUUAAAAUCAUGUCGGAGUUCUCCGUGAAGACUCUGUGAAGACAAAUCACAAUAUGUCUUGUAAUCUAAAGUGAACAAUGCUGGAUCCAUAGCAGCUUCUUCCUGCACCACUGUGCAGUGGAGUUUCCUUUUGUGGAUCUAAUCCUGUGGACUGUAAUCCUCGUGACUAGUAUUGACCCACUGGACCUCUAGUUUUCCCCAUCCACCCUCAUUCCCUUUAGAAGCUCAGGCCCUGGAUGAGGGUUAGAGGGGAGGUCGGCACUUUGCCAUGGCUCAUUCGUCUGACACGGCACGCAAAGACAUGACGAAUGGGGCUCAUCCCAGUGCCCAGCCAGGGCCCUCGGGCACUUCUACUCUACCACGCUACCUGCACAAGAAGCAGCAGCGCCAGAGAGGAGUGAGAUCUUCCUCUCCUAUGGGGAGGGUCAUCCUCAUCAAUGCACCUGUCGAUGGUGGGGAUGACAGUGAAGACAUCCACACAAUUACUGUGGACAAAAGUGAGGAUGGCAGGCUGGGCUUCAGUGUGCGGGGAGGCUCUGAACACGGCCUGGGAAUCUUUGUCAGCAAGGUGGAGGAUGACAGCUCUGCAGAGUUGGCAGGCUUGUGUGUUGGAGAUAAGCUGGUCGAGGUGAAUGGCAUAAGUCUGGAGAGCAUCACCAUGAGCAGUGCCGUAAAAGUCCUGACAGGAAAUAAUCGUCUGCGCAUGGUGGUAAGACGUGUUGGGAAGGUGCCAGGUAUCCGCUAUUCGAAAGAGAAGACUACAUGGGUAGAUCUAAUCCACCGAAGGAUGGUAGUGGAAGAAAGUGGUCGCACACCUUCAGAGGCCAGUUCAGAUGGAGCCCUGCGCAGAAUAGUGCACCUUUACACAACCUCAGAUGACUACUGCCUGGGCUUCAACAUCCGCGGUGGCAAAGAGUUUGGCCUGGGCAUCUAUGUCUCAAAGCUGGACCCUGGUGGCCUGGCAGAGCAAAAUGGAAUUAAAAUGGGGGAUCAGAUUCUGGCAGCCAAUGGAGUGAGUUUUGAGGACAUCACACACAGCAAUGCAGUAGAAGUGCUAAAGAGUCACACUCAUGUGAUGCUGACCAUUAAGGAGGCUGGCCGAUAUCCUGCUUACAAGGAGAUGGUGGCGGAGUACAGCUGGCUUAAUAAAUUGGCUAAUGGAGGCCAGCCCGCUUCCUCCCAGGGUUCAGACUCCUACUCCUCCACUUCCUCUCUCUCCUCUGGGACGCCGGUCAGCUCUCUCAGCGGCCUCUCGCAGGUCAUGUUCCCUCCUGUAUUCGGCUCAGAGAUGGUGGAUGUCUGUAUCUCCACCGAGGACCGCUCACGCCGGCCCAGCUCUGAACGGAUAGAGACCGCCAUGCAGACGGACCCACCGGAGCCCGAUGCCACAUCAAGAUCUAGUAGGGUCUUAACCACAGAAACCAGCCGAACGGUUGGCGAAACUGUCCUGUUAAAAGACACAGUAAUACGCAGUGGGACUUCCAAAACUCGGACAAGGACCUUCUCUGCUGGGGAUAAAGAGACUUUGGACUCUCCUAAAACGGCAGUCCUGAUGGCUCUCAGCAAGCCUCGCAAACCCAUCCGCCGAUCCCAGAGUCACAUCACUGUGUCAGAGGACAAGCAGAAGAAAAGGAAGCAUCAAAAGGACAAGGUAGAGACGGAGAGAAGCACCCUGCAGCGCUCCAAAACCUUUGUCAGCUUGCUCUUUAAAAGCGGACGCAGGCGGGAAAGGUCGUCCUCUAGAGACAGGAAGGACAAAGGGGCAGGGGACGGACACAGAGGAAGAUCCAAAUCCCCGAAACAUUUAGAUAACGAACCGGGUAAAGAGCGGGGUCGACCCAUAAUUAACCUGUUGAGUUCUCCCAGAGAGACUCGUGCUGGUAUGAGGGAGCACAGCCCCAUCCCCAGCCCGGAGACCAUGGCCAUGUUGGAGGAUAUGGCCCGCAAGCUGCUCAACGAGGAUGAGGUGGCGGCUGUCAUGAGACACUGUAAAACGUUUCUAGUUGAGCGUGUGGUUGAGGAUCUGGUUCGCCCCCUGCUGGCCAUCUUGGACAAGCCUGAGAAGCUUCUGCUGCUGAGGGAGGUUAGAAUGAUCAUCCCUCCCACAGAUCUGGGCCGUUUUGACAGUAUGGUUUUGCCCUUUGAGCUUGAAGCCUAUGACAUACUAAAAAACCGUUCUGUAAGGUCUCCAGUCCUGCGUUCUCCUCGUCAUGGUGGAACACCCCGUCGCCAUUUAAUAACUCCCAUCCCAGAUUAUCGGGGUGGAUUCCACCUUCAGCCGGUACAGGAUCUGGAGAGUGAACGGCAGCUCAUUGAAGAUCUGGAACGGCUGCGUUUGGCAGGUUUACCGACUGGACGGCUUCCUCCUCCUCGAGCUUUCACACCACUCUUGGAUGUACCAGUGGACACUUACAUCACAGACUCGCUCCGUAAUCGUUCACUGAGUCCUGCUCGGCCCAGCUGGACACACUCAGAGUCUCCUCACGGCACGGAACGCAUCGGACGCUCCCCCCCGAGAAGAGACAAUGGUGUCCUCAGGACAUCACACCAUGACUCUUUAUCCAGCAGGGGUGAUUCUAUCCCAGUGCGAGGGAGAUCCCCUUAUAGGAAUGGUCAUCGAAUGAAAACAGACAAAUCCCAGAAUGGUAAAGAGGUAAAGCAUACCGUAAUGAGUGCACACCGCCGGAGUAGGACACCAUUGACCCAGGUUUUUGCGCCCAGCUCGGAUCAGGACUGGAAAGAACCAGUGAAUGGACAUUCAGACAGCCAAGAAACCCCACCAGAGCAGGAAUAUGAACUAACCACAGUUACUAUCUCUAAGACCAAACAGUCCCUUGGAAUAAGCAUCUCAGGUGGGAUUGAGUCAAAGGUGCAGCCAAUGGUGAAGAUAGAGAAGAUCUUUCCAGGAGGAGCAGCAUCUACUAGUAAUGUUCUGAAGGCUGGAUUCGAGCUGGUGUCGGUAGAUGGAGAGUCCCUCCAAGGUGUUACACAUCAGCAUGCGGUGGAUGCCAUUCGAAGGGCUUUCAGCAACAAGGCCAAAGACCCCAUGGAAUUUAUCGUCAAAGUUCCCAAGAACCCGACAAAAACUCUGAAAGCCAUAAAGUAGUAAAGGCCUCGAUAUACUUAUGGCAAAGUUCUCUUUCAUUCUUCACUUGAGUUAAAAGAAGUUUGAAAUACAUGAGCUGUGGUAAACUGUUUGUAACCCUCAUGAUGCCACCCACACUGCUGAGAGUAGCGAUUAGAUAUGUAAAUAUGUGCAGCACACUCUUCUCUCAACAACAAAAUAAGCAGUACAAAAAUGACAGUGGUGAGAAAACAGCAGUUUAAGGAAUAGUUCACCCAAAAGUGAAAAUUUGCUCAAGAUUUACUCAUUUAGCUUCAGAUUUACCCUCAAGGCAUCUAAGAUGUAGAUGAG